GGCCCUCGCCCACAGCGGCCCCAUGCCCGGCUUCCUCCUCCUCCUCCUCCUCCUCCGCCCGCCUCCACACCGGCCCGGGCGGAGCCACGAAAGCGGCCCGGCGGACUCGGAGGAGGAGGCGCGGCGAGGCCGAGGCAGGAUCCAAAGUGACUGACAUAAUUCGCCUCCAUUUUAUCCUCACAACAACCCCGUGAGGACCAGGGAUGAGGAAACAGGUCGCUGAAUUUCCACAGCUGUAAACAGCAUCUUGUUCAGAAACUGUAUGAUGUUGAUCGAACAUUUGACGCGUCAGGCAUGCAGAGUUCACAAGCUGCCCCCUUGUGAUACUUACAGGCACCUGUGGGGAUGGCUGAACGCAGUUUUUAACAAGGUAGACCACGAACGGAUCCAGGCCGUGGGCCCAGACAGAGCAGCCUCGGAGUGGCUCCUGCGCUGUGGGGCGCACGUGCGCUACCAGGGCCUUGAGAAAUGGCAGCAAGAUUACAACGCGCUUCCUACAGGACCAUUAGGGAGGUACAAGAUACAAGCCAUUGACGCCACGGACUCUUGCAUCAUGUACAGGGGAUUUGAUCACCUGGAUGGCCUGGAGCACGUCGAGGAAAUCAAGUUGUGCAAGUGCAUGUAUCUCCAGGACGAAUGUUUGCAGCGGCUCAGCGGGAUCCCGAACUUACAGAGAAGCCUUCUGCGCUUGUGGGUCAUUUCCUGUGGGAACGUCACAGACAAAGGCAUCAUUGCUCUCCAUAAGCUCAAGUACGCAAAGCAAGUCCAUGUGCCGCAUGCACAGCAUUUUAUUGUACCCGUGUUUCCUUCAGUCAGCAACAAAUAUGGAUGA